ACGGGGAUAGACUGUUGCUCUUUGUGCUCGCUCUCUCUUCCCAUCUCCGGAGCCUGUGGGACUUGCUUCAUCUCGUGCAUGCUCUGCGCUGAUGGGAUUUCUGUGAUUUCACUUGGAUUUAUGCUGCAACGGAUGCGAAACACUGGAGAACGAGUGCGAUUGCUGAUAGAUUACCAUACGAUUAUAUAGAUAUAAUAAAGUGUUGAUUCUGAAAGGAUGUAUACACCUGAUUGGAAGUGCGGUGACCCCUCGCCCAAGCUGGUUUAGUGUGUGGGUGAAACCCAAUUGUUGAAUUUAUAUUUACAGCGUAAAGCUCGCAAGUGAUUCAUUUCUGGAUGUAUAACUAACAGUGCUGAGAGAGGAAAAAAUACCAAGUGCCAAAUCUGUAUCGUGAGUGCAGUGAAUUGGAUUGUGACCAUUUAAUUGUUGUAGACGUAACGCAGUGGCUAAGAACGGACUCGAGGUAAGAGGUAUGUGUAGGUGUCGAGGGCCUCUUGAAUCCCCCAAGCUGCGAGGGCGCCUCAGUCUAAAUCUUGCUCCUCUCGAGGGCGUUUGAGGACGACCUACUCAAGAGGCAACACCCAUCUCGCCCUCCACGAUAAAGAAAAUAAAUGAAUAAUUGAUAACGAAGUGAUGCCACUCAGUGUGAAACAUAAUAUUGAUUCAGAGUGGCACUCCUGAGUUUUGUUGUUGACUCGGAAAAGUAUGAAAACGUUGAUCGAAAACGCAGUGCUUUCGUCAUCUGUGUGUUACUGUGUGUGGUUGAGCUAGGCGUUGACGCUGUCUAGUGUUGGUCACAAGCCCAGUGUGAAAUAAUGGGGCGCGAUUUGUGAAUCCCGAAGUAUUAGUAAAUCUGUUCCUCCUGCGGCUAGUAUGAGUGACUGUGUGUUGCCAGCUGUCAGUAUCAUUCCAAGAUGCAGGUGGUGAAGAUUUUGCUCCUAGGGACAUUUUGCCUGCUCACCUACGGCGGCGAGAACCAGCUCGCCAGCGGACAACAGCGCCAGCACUUCCGCAACCAGCCCGAGGACCAGCACGUGGUCGAGGGCGCCGUGGCCAUCAUCAAGUGCGAAGUUGGGAACCAGAAGGGCCGAGUGCAGUGGGCCAAGGAUGGCUUCGUUCUCGGGUUCAACCGCACGAUCCCGGGCUACCCUCGAUACGAGAUGGUCGGCGAUGGCCUCAACGGCGAGCACCACCUCAAGAUCCACAACACGACGCUGCACGACGACGCCGACUACCAGUGCCAAGUAGGCCCGGCGGACGGGCACGACCCCCUGCGGGCCACCGGCCAUCUCACUGUCCUCUUGGCUCCGACGAGCAUCGAACUCUUGGGACGAGGCCGCGAGGAGGUCAUAGAGGUCAACGAAGGCGAAGAAAUCACCCUCGAGUGUCAGGUGGAGGACGCCAAGCCCGUCGCGAUGGUCCGCUGGUACAAGAACAACGAGGAGAUACACUUAGACUCCCGCAUGGACGUCGAGAAGGAAUCUUCGCAGCGGCGGCGCCACACGCUCGUCUCCAAGGUGACGCUCCGCCUGACGCCCGCUGACGACGGCUCCCACUACGCCUGCCACGCCGAGCACCCGGCGCUCAGCCAGCCCAUCGUUGCCUCCGUCAAGAUCUCAGUCCUGUACCCCCCGGGGCCGCCCAUGGUCACCGGCUACACGACAGGAGAGACCAUCCGCGCGGGCGAGGAGCGCACCCUGUCGUGCCGGUCGCGGGGCGGAAACCCCCUCGGCCGCGUCGUCUGGUACCGCAACAACGAGAUCAUCGACACGACCGACCGACCGAUCGGGGCCGAGAGCGUCAACGAAUACAAAUUCAUCGUGGAUUCGGCGGAUAAUGGCGCCAUUUUCACGUGCGAAGUGAGAAACAAACUCACGGAGAAGCCCCUGCUUGCUUCUGUCCAGCUGGACGUGCAGUUUCCUCCCGACAAGGUGGUGGUGUCGGGGCCGACGCAGUCCCGCGUGGGUGAGAACGUCACGCUGACGUGCGUCGUGGAGAACUCGAACCCGGCCGCGGAGGUGUCGUGGGUGGUGGACGGGCAGCCGCGCCCCGAGGCCACGACGCGGCGCGAGCGGGCGGGGCCGGGCGGCUGGCAUACGGUCAGCCGCCUCGAACUGAGCGUGCCAUCCGUCGACAGGGACAUGAUGUUCACCUGUCACGCUACCAACCAGGCCCUCGGAGAGACCAAGGUCGACACGUACAUGCUCUCGGUCUUGCGUCCGCCUCUGCCGCCGGUGUUGCACGGCUACAGCGAAGGCUCGGGCAUCCGCGUGGGCAGCCAGCAGCGGAUAACCUGCGUCUCGAGGGGCGGCAACCCCCCGGCGCAUCUUCAGUGGUACCGAGACGGCCAGAAGAUCCCUUCAAGGAAGCACAGCAUUGAUGACGUCAGCUCGGCCGAGAUCGAGAUCGUGGCGGAGCCGCAGGACAACGGGGCGCAGUACCGCUGCGAGGCGCACAACAGCGCCAGCUCGUCGCCCGUCAGCGUCUCCACGACGCUCGUCGUCUUCUUCCCGCCGGAGACCGUCAAGGUAGAUGUGUUUUCCUCAUUCGUAACUGUUAGCAAGACCAUGCCGCUGACUUCCUGCAGAUCACCAGAGUCCGCGCCUGAGUGCGGCGCGGCCAUCCUCACUGUGAGUCAGGCCAUCCAACGCAGCACCAUCACUGUUAGGCUUACACUAGAUAUUGCUUGCACACGAGUGACGAACGUGCUAGCGCUCAACCUGACAGCGGCCGACGAUGGCCUCACCUACUCGUGCCAAGCCAAGAACACUGCCUUGCAAAAAGAUGUCACACAGUCUGUUACUCUCCAUGUCAACUACGCGCCGACCUUCCUGGCGGAGCCGCCCGACGUGGUGGACGUGGUGGUCGGCGAGUCGGAGGAGCUGAACCUGACGGCGCGGGCCAACCCGGGCCCCGUCAUCUACACCUGGACGCGCCACGGCCUCCCGCUGCCCGACCCCGUCAUAGACGACUCGUGGCGCGACACCUACGCCCAGCAUCCCGACGUUGGCGGCGCGGGCGGCUCGCGCGUGUCCGCCGUCGGACCGCUGCUUUACAUCCGGGGGGUCACUGUCGACGACGCCGGCGACUACGAGCUGGAGGCGACCAACCAGGAGGGGGCGACCGUCGCCAAGGUUUACCUCAACGUUCAGUAUCCUCCUGCCAUCAAGUACACGUCGGAGCUGGUGACCGUCUCCGAGGGUCAGGACGCCCACCUCGAGUGCGCCGCCGACGGCAACCCGCUGACGGAGGCCAUGAUGGCUUGGCGCCGCGACGACUACGACUUCACCAAGACGGAGCAGAUAUUCGGGGGAAAGAAGGCGACGCUGACAGUGCUGCGAGCUAACCGAAACGACACGGGUGUGUUCACCUGCGAAGUGAACAACAGCAUCGGCAAGGUGGCCACCGCCAACAUCACACUCGUGGUGAAAACGAAGCCAAUAGUGGAACGCUCUCAGCUGCUGGACCGCGCGGCCGCCGAGAAGGGCCAGAGGGGCGAGCUGCGGUGCCUGGCCGAGGGCGCCCCCGACGUCAGCUUCUCGUGGAAGAGGGACGGCCUCCUGCUCUCCAACGGCGCCAGGCCCGAUAAGUACGAGAACGAGACCGUCAGGACGGGGCUGGUGUCCUGGGCGUCCACCUUCUACAUCAGGAACGUGCACGAGGACGACUACGGCCGCUACGAGUGCAUCGCGGAGAACGAGCUCGGGGCGUCCACCUUCACCGUGCGAUUCAUCAAGCCCACGGGCCCCGACCCCCCGCUGUCUCUCAAGGUGGUCAACACGACCCACGACACCGUGACCCUGACUUGGAAACCUGGAUUCGACGGCGGCAAAACCCAGUACUUCCGCCUCCGGUACCGCACUAAGGACAGCACCUCGUACCAGUACCUCGACGUGUACGAGGCCGGGGUGGACAUCUACACGGUGGUGCACCUCAACCUCAACACCGAGUACUACUUCUCGAUCAUGAGUUACAACGACAAGGGCGACAGCGAGUACCGCGGCGAGUUCGUGCGGGCGACCACGCGCAGCGAGGCCCCUCCUACGCCUGUGCCCUCGUCCAACGUGGGCAAGGAGGCCUCAACCAAGCUACCUGGCCUCUGGGUCGUCAUCAUAGUACUCGUUGCCACUGCAUUGCUUGCUCUCAACGUUUCUGCCAUUGUCUGUAUAGUUAGGCGAAGGAGGAACAAGCGGGCUUCUCCUCCCACGAAGAAGACUCCGCCGCCAUCUGUGUCGUCGACCAUGGCCAAACCCAUGCCACUCUCUGUCACGCAGGGCCAGCCCCUUUUAGGCGACCGGGAACUCCUAUUAAACCAAGUUCUCGGAGGUCGCGGAGACCUUCCCAAGCUGAUCAUCAUUGUUGUAGCCAUCGUCGGCACCAUGAUUGUGAUACUCAACAUUGCCCUCGUCAUCUGUCUAAUACGCAGAAAGCGUGGGAAGAGACGAGAUGAUGGCAGCGACCAGGCGAGCAGCAAGAGCACGACCAACACCAUGUACGCCCCCUCUUCGUACAACGACACUGUGGUGGGCGAGACGCUGUCGUCCAUCUCCGAGAAGAGCCGAGAGUCCUACACGCAGGAGGACUCGGUCGUGGACUAUGAGGUGAGUCGGACUCGAGGAGCUGCUUGGAUGCGGCAAAGCGGUCGAGGAGGAGGAUGCCUCGGCGGGAAGGGCGGCGGCGGCGCGGGCGGCGGCUGCGGCUUCAAGGAUUGCUGGGAGGCCCGAGACCCUUCGCCGCAGCGGUCGCCGGCGAUCGAAUGCCGUUUAGAAUUUCCUUAUAAGCGCGUGAUUAAGAGCACACCAUAUUCUUUAUUUACUAUUACAGCAGAACUUCUAGAAACUGUUAUUGCGUCCUCUUAUUUGCUGAAUCCUCUCCUUCAGGAUGGUCCUCAGUACUUUCCCUCAGGGCACGCCCCUCCAGCUCACUUACUUCCGGCACAUUUUCUGCCCGGUCGCCUCGUACCGGGCCAGGUCUUUCUGUACGACCAGUAUGACCUCCUGUACGGCUGCGAGCAGACUCACAAGCACGCUGCCUCCACGUACCUCAUCGACCAGAUUGAGCCUCCGCCCGAGUACGCGAGCCAGACGCCCUCACAGCCCUCCAGCGCCGCCUACGACCCGCACGAGGACGACUACGCUGAGGUUCUUCGCAGGAACGCUUAUAACCAUCAGCUGGGUAAAGUUACCCCCCGCCCCCCCUCCCGCGCCACCCACUACAGCACCUCCCCCGAAAACCGCGGUUACCUCAGCUUUUCCUACACGCCCUCCCCCACGGGCGUCCCUAACGGCGCCGCCCAGUACCACGCGGGGGGUCCUUCAGUCACGUUGGGCCUCCACGAUCACGCCCACGGCUACCCUGCAGACAUGAGCAACCUGAGCAUGGAAGGCGUGGACCACGCUCACGCUCUGCAGUCGUUGGGCCUCGACUCCGACCCCCCGCCAUCCCUGGGGCUCGAGCAGCACUCCAUUCCUUCCGAACACCCCAGCCUUACGCUCGACCCUCACUCCAUUACUAUAGACCAUCCCGUCAUCGCCGUGACAGACUUCUCCAACAGAAACGGAGACUUGAGAGUCCAGCCGACCAGCCUCUCCACCUUCAACCCUAAUCCCUCUCCCUCGACCUUCAGUGAGUCAGACCUUGAAGGCCACUUGGUAUGACUGUAAGCACGCCCGCUGUCAACAGUAAGGCGGGUACCUACUUACCUUCUCAAGAGUCCCUUGGGUGCGCCGGCUCUGCGAACGACCAUGACCCGUUUUCUGUGGAUGCAGAAAAGGGGAAACUGGAGCACUAAAAUCACAUUUUCAAAACCCAAGAAGGAAAUGCACCCAAGACGUCAGGGAUAAUGAUAUAUUCGCUGAUUUGCUUGAAUAACCAAAGAAUAAUGACUUAAUGCAUUUCAGUAACGCAUGUAGGUACUUUAUGCGGUUAUAAGAGUAUAAUGGCUUUAAAAUGCAUUUUGCGUAAUACAUGCAUGAAUUUUGUCAGGAUCAUGAAUGUGAUCUUGUAUGUUGUUUAUUUACCCAGUGUGAUUGGGUGCAGAGUUGAUCUAAGUAUGUAAUUUCCGAUAGCAUGAAAAUGACAUUCGUUAUGAUCAAAAAUCAUAAUCUGUGCAAACAGCAAUGAAUUCCUGUUGUCACGCCUGUCAUGUUGGACUGUCUUUCCACAACUUGAAGUCUGGAGUAUAAAUUAGCUAUCAAAAACACCGAUAUAUUUUGAAAGACAAAAGGAACUGUGAUUCAUUUUUUAAAAUUUCUACUUUAUGUGCGAAAUACCAGUGACGAAAUUGACAUAGAAUGUUUAACAGGCUGCGUGUCUCAGUGUUAGUGUGAUUGUUCAGAGUUUGGCACUAAAGCAUAAUUAAUCGAGGAACUAAGCAAUGUUUGUAAUCAAUGUUUUAUAUAUACAUAGGUCUGUAUACAAUGCCUAACAUGUGUAUAUUAAAUCUCGCCUAUGUUACAACCCCCGCCGUACAGUGUAUAAGACUGCUCCAGAGCACCAGCUCCUUCUCGAGAAAAUAGAGUAAAGAAAAAGAGUGAAAUAAUUCCUGAGAAAGUCAUUUUCUCUUGUUGGCCUAAAAGGAUUAAAUGGUGAGACUCCCUGACUGCGGCCCACCUGGGUGCCGCCACGGAAUGACAAUGUCUGCUUUGGUGAAGUUGGACGGAAUCCCGCCGAUUAGUCUGCCACGUCGUUGUCGAAGUCGCCUGAGAAUAUUCUCGGGAGUAAUCGGCGAGCGAGGAGGAAAGAGCUGACCAGGAACCGAGGCCAAUCUUCGUACGAGGACGGAACCUUGAAGAAGGAAAGAAUCACAUCAAAGUACAUAUAUCGGUGCGUCAGUUACAGAGCUGAAAACGAUUGAUUAUUACAAAACUGUGUAUUUACACACACUGCUAAGAAACACACCUACGCAUAUGGACUUUAACAACAUUGAAACAGAGUUUUUUUUUCAUUAAAAUAAUUAUGGUAAUGCCAAAUUCCUUUGGUAAAAUUGGAAAAGUCUACGGAGUCAAGAAGCCACAUUUCCUUACGUUCUGCCAUCAGGCACCUACAGCAAGUAGGGAUUACAGUGACCAGAUAUACACUCAUUUAAGCUCUGUAUGCGCUACACACCUGGGGCUUCCGUCUGUCUGUAGGUCUGGCAAUAGCUUUCUGAUUCAGUCCAACUGAGGAACCAUUGAUCGCAUGGGAUGAGAGAAAUAUCCGUGUUGGAAAACGAGUUCUAUACACAACUAUAAAAAAUCUAAAAUCAGAACUGGAAUUAGCUGGAAUGACACGAAAGCAUCGGUCUCAGGGGAAGAAAACAUCGGCAUUUCGUCGGCACAAGAACCUUGUGAUCGACAGACAGAAAUACGAGGCUUAACCCAUGUUCGCCCUGAGGAGUUCCGGAUCCCCUGUCUGGCCUCUGGAACUGACACACAGAUUUGUGCAUUUAGUCUUUUUCUUCCUUCCUUCCUUCUUCCCUCCCUUUUUCUAUCAAAUGUGCGGCGCCAACUGGGGUAUCAUCUUGUUUAGCUCCUGUUACCAACAUACAUGUAACAACACUGAAGACACUUCCUGUGUUAUGUUAUAAUGAAAAAAAGUGUGUAGAUAUGUACUUACAAUACAGAGUUUAUUGAAUAUAAUAAUUUAUGUUGUAAAGAGAAAAACAAAGAUGAAAACUGUCACCCCCUUAAAAUCUGAAAUAUUUAUAGUUGUAUUGUAUAUGUGAAGAACUGUACGACUUAUGUUUCUGGACACUAUCCUAGGAACGGGAUAUUGUCUGUACCUCAUAUACGAACAAACUGAUGCAGACUCCCCCUAUUCGUGCGUGGCCUGACUGCAGGAACCUUAAGGGAAACGAGUCCUUUAGGAUAUUGUUUUAUGAAUUUACGAAAGUUUGCUAAACCUCAGGUUCACCGAACAUGUCAUUCACGGGCUCAAAUGCUUAAUGUAUAAGUGGACUAGUGAAACUUUGUAAAGGUGUGCUUUGUAAAGCAAGCCUCUUACCAGAGCCUACUAGCAUCUACUAGUUGACAUUCAAUCCAACAGCUGCAUAAUAACGAAGUUACUGUGUACUACUGUGUACUAGAAGAUCCCAUUUUGAUACUCCAUUUUUCUAUACAUGAGAUAUUUAGGACAGAUUACGCCAUAAUAUUAAAGUGGAGCCAAUGUGACUCCCUCCUAUAUUUAUACGUAUACAUGUAAGUAUAUGUAUGAAUGCAUAUAUACAUAUAUAUUUUGUGCAUAUAUACAUGUGUGUAUAUGGAUAUAAAUACAUCCGUA